CGGAUCAGAAUGAGACAAGAACCAUCAUAAGACGCACGACCACUUUAGUUCUGCUCCAUGAGUACUGCUCGGUUUUAAGACAUAAAUCAUUACAGUAUGAAGCAUUACAAUAAACAUAACGACAUGUCAUAUAUUGGUUUAUAUCCUUAUAUGUAUAGGAAACAGCCCAGAGCUGUUUCAUCCGUUUCUUCCCCAGUAACGCAGCGUCGGCGGCUUCGUCCUUUUUAAAUCCCCGUUUAUCCUCAGCACACCCGGACCCGGCGCUGCAGGUCCGGCUUUAGCUGGAUUAGCGCGUCCUAUUAUUAACUAUCCAUCGAAAUAAAGCCACUGGGGAGGGGAGAUUGCACCAGGGAGGAUCGCGGAGAGAGCUGAUGAAAACCCGGAGCGGACUCCAGAUUGUGAUGCGACUCGUUAAUAUUUAAAGUCGCCUUAGACCGAGUCACCGUUUCAGGUACAUGAGAAAUUACUUAGGGACCCAUCGGCGGGGAUUUAACAGCUGCUCGCGUGUGCUGUACGGUGGAUUGUCAGUUACCAUUUAAACCCUAAUCGUAUUGCGAAUUUAGCAAAAUGGUCGCCAUAUAGGUUAUAACCUCCGCAAAGCGAAUCGACGGUAAGGGCAUCCAAAAUGCCGGUCCCGCUUCGCGUCUGCUUGGCUAUUGCGUUAGCUGUGGCUGCGCAUGGGGAGCUGCGCACCAUGCCGGCCCCGAGCUUACGGCCGAACCGGACAGCGAGCAUCCCGGAGCCGCAGCGGCCGCGGAACGGCACGCUGAGCGUCGGAGCGCACGUCCCCCCCUUCCUCGGCGAACUGGCCACCCUUAGGGCUUUCGGCGUCAUCAUCUGCGUCUCCGCCGUCCUCCUGAUCACCUGCCUGGUCGCCAAGGUUUACAGGUCUGGGAGGAAGGUGGGGAAAACACGACGGUACGACAUCAUCACCACGCCGGCGGAGCGUAUCGAGAUGGCGCCUUUAAAUGAGGAGAACGAAGAUGAGGAGGACUCGACCCUCUUCGAUAUUAAGUACAGGUGAAGACCACCGUAACCCAGUCUAUGUACAGUUACACGACUGUUUCUGCAGGGAUUGUAAAAAAGAAAAGGACAAUCAGUUUGUUCAGUUUACUCACUCCCUUUACCUCUCAUUCUAAUCUGAACCACUAGACUACUGGAGACAUCUCUCUGAUCUUCAGAAGAAUCAUUAUAUUUUCUUGCAUAGAUAAUGCGGUUCUUCCAGCGUCUGAGCUGUUGAUAUGGGUGAUCUACUGGACUUCACAUUUGUAGGUCUAUCAGUGUGUGCUAGUGGGAGUUUUACUUACAGAGGAGGUAUGUGCAAGCAAACUAUUGGAGGCGGGAGCAAGACAUCUGAUUGGUUGGUCCUGCCUCCUUUAGUCGCUCGGACCCACCUCCUCUAAAAUCUGAUUGGCUAUCUCUCCAAGCCAACUAUUUUUCAUUCUACUCUUAUAACAUUUUUGUGUAAGUAAAUCUCCCAGGAGCUCAGUGUGUGUUGUGUGAAACAGAAGUUCUAUCUUAAUGCUAUCAAUCAGUUACUGUUACGCCAGGGUGUUUUAGAGGGAAUUUAAGUUUCCCUAUGGCCAGAAUACUUUGUGUAUCAAUAACUAUGAUCUUCAGAAGCCAUACUUCUUAUUUUCCUCUUAUUUUCCAUGUAAUGUUAUCGUGGUUUUAUUUUCCUUUACAGCUUCAUAACCUAGAAAGACAGAUUCUCCAGUUGUUGUGACCCCUUCUAGCUGUAUAACAUUCUGUAACGUUACUGAGAUCCUGUGUUGUAACUAGCCAAUGCCACUGGUGCUUUGGGCACCAUAGAUUCAGGACCUUCUUUCUAGUAAAUAUCCGCCGCUGUGUCAGCUUAGAAGUAUUUUUCUACCAGGACACUGAGUGUUUGCGAUGUGCGAAAGCUGCCCAUUUUGAUUCACAACGUCACGAUCUUUACUGGAACAUUGGAGUUUAGCAUCCUAUUUGUAGUUAGUCUGAUUUUAAAUGUUAUCCAUAGCCCCUGUGGCUGGUGAAAUGUAUGCAAUACUGUCUCUAACGUAGGAAACCAUGUCGUAUAACUACAGAACAAACAUACAUACAGCCUUUUUAUUGUAUAGAUGGUAGUUCCAGGAAUGUAGGUGUAAGAGCAUUAGGCUAAUAAACUCUACAGCUCUGCACUGUGA